GAAUCCACUUUCAUAAAACCUCAAUAUCCUACAAUUUAAGUAGUUAUUAAAAUUUCAGUUCAGGAAAUUUCCUAGUCUUCCAACAUUGCUUUCCCUUUACGGACAUGAGACCCUGAUCUCUGAGACCAAAGAUCAGAUUAUUUCUCAUCUGUUUUCCUUCUGGUGAAAUCUGAAGCAUUUGAAAAUCCAUCCAACAUCUACAAUGACACUCAGGCUUUUUCCUGAUCAUCAUGACUUGAGAGAUGAAGUCCUAACACCAGAAACAGUGGUCAUAGCAAUAGUCACUAGGAUCAUUCUGAAUUUUAAGAUUUUUAUCUUUCUUUUUUCACUUAUAUUUCUAGCAUGAAAUUUUCCGUGCCAUGAAAUUACUUACAAGCAUGAUAAUGUUUAAUAGCUGCAUAAUAUCCUAAGAAAAUAUAAUUUCUUAACAUUUUCUCUUUUUUGGACAUUGAGGUUUCCAACUUUUAGUUGUUAUAAACCACACUGCAGUGAAAAACUUUAUCUUUUGGAUUAUUUCCUAAGCAAAAUGCUCCCCCAAAAGGAAGGGCAAGCAUUAGUUUAAAAAGCAUAAAAAUGUUUUUAGUCCUCAAUAUGUGCCGUCAACUGAUUUUCACCAAUAGUGUGGGAGUACCUAUUUCACUAUACCCUCACCAGUCCUGGGUAGUCUUAAAAUAGGGGGAAAAUUGUGACUAAAUUGAUGGAUGAAAUGGUAUCUAACUUUAACUUAUUGGAUCACUGAGGGGGUUCAAUUUUUGCCCAUUUUCCCCCCUUCAUCUGUGAAUUUGUUUCUCUUUUUAGAUGUUAAUGCUUUAUUUGUUCAGGCUCUAUAAAAAUCUAAAUUUAUCAUCUGUCAUCUUUAUGGUGGAUAUUUUUCCUGGUUUUUGAAAUUUGCCUUCAACAUCUAUUCACCACACAUUUAUCUAAGCCUCCCCAAGGUGCCAGGCGCUUGUCAAGUAUCAAUGAUGGAACAGUCACAGCCCCUGCCCUUAAUGAUCUCAGGCUUAAUAGGGGGAGGCAGGCAGGUGAGCCAUGAGUGCAAUAAGGCUUUCACAGUUUCCAUUAGAAUUGUGAACAGUCUCCAGUGGAUGCACCAAAAGAGGUGGGCAGUCAAUUCUACAUGUGGGGGCCAGGAAAGGCUUCACAGAGGAGAUGAUUCUCAACUGAGUAUUGAUGCUCAAUAAGUGAGUAGAGUAACAAAGGACAAGGUGGGAAAAGGCAUUCCAGGCAGAGAGAACACGCACAAACAAGGCCAGAGAGCUGGUUGGUUAGGGGAACAUCAGUAGUUGGGAUGGACUAGGAAGUAAAAUGUCAAGCAGGUCCUAAGGAACAAGGGGCUGGAGAGAUCUCAGAGCUCACAAUUUAAAAAGUUAUAAGUAACUUGAGAUGUUCGGCAAAGUCACAUUAAGCUUUUCCUUACUCCUCUUUUACAUAAUGAAUAAACUGAGACAGUCCUUUCUGCAGGUUUUAUUCUUAUUUUAAGGUUUUAUUCUUACCUGUGUUUCCUUUGUUUCCAUUUUGAACACUUUAAUUUACUUGUUAUAUUUAACUGUUUAAUCUGGAAUUGACUUUGGUAUAUGAUAGCAAGCCUCAUCUGGAUCUUUCAGUUUUAAUGUUCAGCGCAUCUAUAUUGUUCAUUAAGCUUCUUUCUAUAACCUUAUUUUGCCAUUGAGUAGAAACAGGGAAAGCUGAAUAUCUAAUAAGAUGUAUCCCCAGCCGGGGACAAUAGGAAGGGAAACUAAAGAAAUUUCACUGGGGUUUGCUCUUGUACUGAGCUGUGUUAAACAUCAUAGGUUCAACUCACAGCCACUCAGGAUCCUGGCUCCCAGAGCACCACUGCUACUUUGUAUUUAUAGAUGACACAUUUCUAAGGAGCAAACAUGUUUCCACAGAGAGUAAUUUAUUCUCAUGACAAGUGAAGGGGGGAGAUGGAGGAAAAAUAUGUCACAGGCAGCUUGAUUUAUUUACUCCUCCCAGAAAUUAGGUGGAGUCGCGUUUGUUUGUUUUGCACCCUGAUGUUGGCUGAAAACCCAGUGGGCCUGGCAUCUCUUCUCUGUACAGUAUAGGCCAGAUGCUGGGCUGGGAGCAGAGAGCUGUGAUUUGUUAGAAAGGCAAGCACAGAUUGGUUCUCCAGUCCCUCAGAUCUCCCUGUUCCUUCACGGCAUUCUGAAGACCUGUCCACCAAUCACGGGGCUGCUUACUGGAAAAAGCAACUGCUGGAGAGCGCUGGCAGUCCCUAGCAACACUCCAAGGCUUUUGAAUCUGAGGGCGAACGGCUGUGUAGUCAGCCGAUAGUGGAGGAGAGCAGCACCUGUGCCUCAGGAAGAAAAGGCUGUCAGGAUGGACACUCCACAUACUGAAGAACCCUUCGAUAAGAAAGACAAAAAAACAGAAAAGCAAGAAGAGGAGAUGGAGUUUAAGGAGCUGGGCGGUCUGAGGGAGGCCUUGGCGAAUCUCCGGGGACUGUCCGAGGAGGAGAAGAGUGAGAAGGCCAUGCUUUGCUCCCGCAUCCAAGAGCAGUCCCAGCUCAUCUGCAUCCUGAAGCGGAGGUCAGAUGAGGCCCUGGAGCGCUGCCAGAUCCUGGAGCUGCUCAACACAGAGCUGGAGGAGAAGAGGAUGCUGGAGGCUGAGAAGCUGAAGGCCGUGAGCGAGCAUGCCCAGAAGCUGGAGGAACGCUUUAUGACCCUGGCAGCCAACCACGAGUUGAUGAUCCGCUUCAAGGACGAACACAAGAGUCAGAACGUCAAGCUCAGGGAGGAGAAUGAGAAACUGAGGCUGGAGAAUGACAGCCUCUUCAGCCAGGCUCUGAAGGACCAGGAGGCCAAAGUGCGCCAGCUCACCGCCCGGAGCGAGGCCCUCUCCAAGGAGCUGGAGACCCUGAAACAGAGGUGUACUCGGGAUGCCCGCCAGGCACAAGCCAGAGAGAAAGAGCUGCUGGAGCUGCAGAGCCGGCAGGCUUGUGCCCACGCCAAGGAGACAGAGCAGCUGCACAGCCAGCUGCAGAGCCUCCAGCAGCAGCACCAGCAGAUCGCGGAGCAGAUGGCCGCGGCGGAGCAGGCUCACGGCAGCCUGAAGCAGGAGCUGCAGGCCAGACUGCAGACGGUCACUCGCGAGAAAGAUGAGCUGCUGCAGCUGUCCAUGGAAAGGGGCAGGGCGCUUCAGAGCAAGCAAGCGGAGAUCCGCCAGCUUGAGGAGAAGCUGGAGACAGCAGAUGUGGCCAGGAGGCAUGCGCUACAGAGGUUUGAACAGGAGGCUGUGGCCGUGGACAGUAACUUGAGAGUACGAGAACUUCAGCGCAGGAUCGAUGGGAUCCAGAAGGCCUAUGAUGAACUCAGGCUGCAGUCUGAAGCCUUCAAAAAGCACAGCUUGGGCCUUUUAAGCAAGGAGAGAGAACUCAACGCCAAACUCCGCCAUCUCUUCCCAUAGGAAGCUUCUGUUUCCUCUUUCCUCUAGUUUAGAAUUGAAAUAUUUGUGCCUUAGCAUUAUGUGUAUUAUACUUUUAAGCACAAUAGGAAGAAGAAAAGCUGCUUUACUAUGAUCUUGUGGUUAUUACUAUUGUAACGCUAACACUGAUUUUCAGUCCUACCACCUAGAAUACACAAGAUUUACCUGA